GAGUAGACUGUCUACAGACUACUGCGCUUCAGACAAGUGUGCUUCCUCCACACCGUUUCUCGUGUCUUUUUACUGCGGUGGAAAGGCACACUGUCGAGCGCCAUGUGCAAAGGACUAGCCUACAUUAAUUUAUCUCAGAUUGGAGUCAAUUUAAAUACCCAAUUACAUUUUGUUUUAUAACUGCGGGCAAUUCUUUUUUUAUAUGUAUAAAUCUGUGUGAGCUGCGUCUUCAAUUAUCAAUCUAACUUAUGUCUGGAAAUGUAUCAGAAGAAUGGCAAUGAUGGACAUUUAAAUUGAAGAUUUCUUUAAUCAAGAAGAUUUCUUUAAUCAAUUAAUUAUUGGUAGUUGAUUGGUGUACAUUUAUAGGUGUUGUAUGGACCAAAUCACCACAAUUAAAACUCCAAAAUGGAUCCCUUGUUCACGACAGAUUUCCCAUUGCCAAGCAAUUGGACAAAUGCUUCAGGGGUCAAUGGAACUGAUCAAGACGGUAACCAGUUUGUUCAACCAAUAUGGAGAAUUGUUCUAUGGGCUUUCGCAUAUAGCUGCAUGGUUACUGUGUCUCUGGUGGGAAACAUCGUAGUGAUAUGGAUCAUUAUGGCGCAUAAACGAAUGAGAACUGUGACCAACUAUUUCCUGUUGAACCUGGCGUUUGCUGAAGCGUCUAUGUCUGCCUUCAACACCGUUAUCAACUUUGUCUAUUCCGUGCACAAUGAGUGGUACUUCGGACUGAUGUACUGCCGCUUUCACAACUUCUUCCCGGUGGCUGCAGUCUUUGCCAGUAUCUACUCUAUGACUGCGAUUGCGGUGGACAGGUACAUGGCCAUCAUCCACCCCCUGCAGCAGCGCAUGUCAUCCACAGAGACCAAGGUGAUUGUGGGGGUGAUCUGGGUGCUGGCUCUGCUCCUGGCCUUUCCUCAGUACUACUACUCUGUGACAGAGGAGCUGCCUGGGCGAAUUAUCUGCCACAUCGAGUGGCCAGAAUACACUGGCUGUGACUACAAAAUUAUGUAUUAUGUGUGUGUGACGGUGCUGAUCUACUUCUUGCCUCUGCUGGUGAUGGGCUGUGCAUACCUGGUGGUGGGCCUCACUCUCUGGGCCAGUAACAUACCUGGAGACUCCUCUGACCGCUACAAAGAGCAGCUCACUGCCAAACGCAAGGUGGUGAAGAUGAUGAUCGUGGUGGUGUGUACGUUUGCUGUCUGCUGGCUGCCCUACCACGUCUACUUCCUGCUCCAUCUGUUCCAGCCCCUCCUGUUUGAGACUCCUGCCAUCCAGCAGAUUUACCUGGCCAUCAUGUGGCUGGCUAUGAGCUCCACCAUGUACAACCCAAUCAUCUACUGCUGUCUUAAUGACAGGUUCCGUACCGGCUUCAAACAGGCAUUCCGCUGCUGUCCCUUUGUUCCCGCCGGCUCCUAUGAGGGCCUGGAGCUCAAGUCCACACGUUACCAGCACACCCAGACCAGUGUGUACAAGGCCAGCCGCAUAGAGACCACCGUAUCCUCUGUCCUCCACGUGGCCGAUGAUCUAGAGCCUUCCAGGUUCGGGGCCCAGGCUGGGACCAGGUGUGCGGCCGGGCCGCGGGGGGUGUGCGGAGGGGGGUUGUGUGCGACAGCGGCCCCCAGGCGCUCGUCUCUGGACCUGACUUCCAACGGCUCCUCAUCCCGCAGCGUUUCCAAGACCGUUUCAGAGACCUCCAGCUUCUACUCUAGCAACAACCUGCCUGAGUAAGGGGUCAGGCAUGUCACUGUAUCUGUUGAUGGGAACUGUCCAUGUGUUGGCCAUGCGUUGCUCAUGCGUUGCCCAUGCAUUGCUUGUGCGUGCGUGGCACACUUACAUUGGUGUUGGUGUGUGGGUUCCAUCCAUGUGUGUCUUUGUGUAUUUAGGUUAACUUUCUUUCUUUGAAUGUUGGGGAUCUAGUCCACCACCUGUGACUGAGGCUUGAAGUCUUCGGAGGGUAGUGUGGCCUGGUUCAAAUGAAACUAGACUCAGUAGACGCUAAGGCAGUUGGGCAUACUUAGCUCACAGUCCCUGGUAUCUACUGAGAGAUGAUUGGGUUCAAAACUGGGUAACACUAGUUGAAUACAGGACCCAACACCAACCCUAUAGUCUUUUUAAUAUCUUCAACUGUCAGAACAUAUCCAAAACUCUAGCAUCUUGCAUAUUCACAGUUGCUUCUUAAGACCCACUCAACCCACACACACACACAGUGGGUGACAUCAUAUUAUUGCUGGUUCCCCUAAAUGGUGCAUUUACUGUGUGGUUUGUUUUUGCAUGCUGGGAGCACUGACAGUCCUCACAGCACAGUGAAUUUCAGAAUUUGUCAUGAUAAGCCUGGUAGUUUCAAGGCAGAGCCUCAGUCCCUGGAUGUCUAAAGGUCAGCAAGUUAGGGACUGGGAUAUAGAAAACCAACUGACUUUCCUGAACAAAUUGCUAGUCAGCUGUGCAGUCAGCUGUUCCAUAUUCAGAUAUUCAAGUUAAAUUAAUAAAUUAUAUGAUACCAUUUUUGUAUAAUAAAAUAUGUAUUUUGAACGCAGUGUUUCACUUACACACACGCACACACACACACACACACAGACACAAACACGCUAUACACUUUCAUCAAAGGAAAACGAUCCUUGCAGUCAGCUCAGAUCUCUGUCAUCCGGUGGGAACAGAGAGACAGUGGGUGAAACACCUGUUGAUUUGUAUUUAUAUUCUCCGGGCCUUAUACGGGUGAAUAUAUUUUUAACGUGGAAUAAUGAUUAACCCUAACCCUAUUUUCACAUCUUUUGAAUAUUCAACAUUUUAUUCAGGAGUUUGGAGCCAGGCUGAAAAAUCAGUUGACUAGCAAUGACUCCUCUUCCGUCUGGAAAGGCGUCAGACAGUUCACAAACUAUAAACCUAAGUCAUUAACUAUAUGUGGAACUGGCACUGAACCACUUUCACUGCUGAUUUGACUUACAAAGGCCCCUCAAUCACCAGGCCACUUCUCUACCACAGCAUGGGGAAAAAAACUGCUCAUGAUUUUGGUCAUGAUUGACCUGUACUGCACGCCUGCCCUCCGUCUGCCAGAGGAGGAUUUUUUGAAACAGUAGGUGACGAGGGUGGAAAAGUUGAGCAAUGAUCUUGCCUGUAUGCUUUCCAGCCCUAGAGCCAUUUAGUGCCUUGAUGAAGAGCAGGUGGUAGGCAAGGACCCUUUCUGCGGACCAUACAAUGCAUUGGAAUUUACUUCUGCAGUGCGCAGGUGCAAAGCUAAACCAGACAGUUACGAAGGAGGAUAGGACGGACUCUGCUAGGGUCCUCAAAGACAAAUCAGUAGAGGUGUUAGUGUACUUCAGAACAGGCCUUUGCACCUCUACUCCUUUUUCUUUUUUAGAAAUAGCACCAAAGAAGUAUUAAUAUACAGUAUAACAUCUGCCAGAGACAGUAACAGAGCGACAGGGCAGAAUAUAUGUAUUAAUAACGUGAUCCAUUGGUAUUCUAAACCCCCAUUGGUUUACAUUUUAAUGGAAUGAUUGUCUGCGUGUGUGUGUGGGGGCGCGCAUGUGUGCAUUCGUGUGUGUUUGUGCAUGCGUAACACGUCUCAGUGGACACAGUCCGUAAUGAGGAAGACCGGAUUCACCCAGACAUUCGAUUUCUCCUCCUGACAGCCACUGAAUUAAACCCGCCUAUCAACUGAUUCAUUUAAUACGGGGGAACCAGGUAGGAUGUUAUUUUCUCCAGACAACACCGACUCCCAGACACUAGCUAAGCUAAAAAAGAAAGACAUCCUUCCUAAACCGAAAGGUAGGUACUGUAGCGCUCUUACAGAUGAACUGAAUUUCUGAAACCCAAAAACACUUAAUUUCUAAGUGCAGUAGAAUGUUUCAAACCACAGGUUCAUGAGAAUAUUGUGCCAAUGAAGCUGAAUGUGUAAUCAGUCAUUCAAAACAGGUCUGUUCUUUGAAAACAUUGCAGGAUGGAUGAUCACUUUUUUGAGGUUGUUAGUGUUGUAGUGUUGGUUUUGAUUACCUUAGUGAAGCAAAGUAAUAGGCAGCCUUUGUUCCUGUGGGCUGGAAGAGAACUGGCGCCAGGCUAACUAAUCAACUGUCUGAAUGUUGUAAAGGCCACACACGUUUAGCUAAAAGCGUCAACUAAAUGGCAUAUACUCUAUGUCCUCAUCAGUGGCUUCCCUCUCCAUUCACACUAUAUACUCACAAGAGGAGAAGGAACCAAAAGUGACAGCUGCAAACAUACACACACACACACAAAGGCAUUCGUCAGAUCUCUCAUUUGCCGUAACACAGAUAAGGUAGUAGGAAUUUUCUGCAUAGAGAUUGUUUUCAUGAAAACAUUUGUGGACUUCUUACAUUAAAACAUUGUGGUUUUAACAGCAUGUGAUGAGUUGUUCACCUGCCUGUGUGUAGUCUACUAUCUACAAGAUGGACCCCAGCUGAUGCAAUGUACCAUGACGAGCUUAACUCUGUUACAGAGAUCUGAAUGGUUUCUGGUUUUAUGGUCUACAGCCCACACAUUAUGGUAUGCCACAGUCAGUUUCAUGCCAAAUAGCAUCUUAUUCCCUUCACAGUACACUCCUUUUCACUGGGGUCAGCAGGAAAAUUGUGCCAUUUGUAAAUCCCAGGCACUGCUCUGAUAAAGGGCCGAAAGAUCAGUUCAUCACUACUGUGGAUAUCUUUGGACAUAGUACAGUCUGGUUGGUAUAGCAUUUGUCUUUUAAAUGUAAUUGUCAAGCAUACCAGUUCACCCAUAUUGUAAUGUUUCAGAGACCUUCUCAUGUACUGCUACUACAAAAGGCAUAUUGUCAAGCCAGAUAUGAAAGUGGUUGAGAAUAUCACACUAUUGGAGCGGAUGUGGAGCAGUUUAGAAGUCGCCAGAGGGAGAUAUUGUAAAAUAGACCACUGAACAAAACUACUUUGUUGUUUAUGUUGAACUAGUCUAUCACAGUGACAUCACUUGUUUUGCAUUGACUGUGCUGAGGCAAGGUUGAACAUUUCUGAGCAUUUUGACUGACAUUUACCCUAACUGGCUGUACUAAGAGCCAAGCAGGCAGCAUUCCUGGGGUGACAAUCUAUGUAAAUAAAAAAAGACAAAAAUAUGUACUGUAUCACAAUACCAUAAUAGAGUAACCACCUCUCUACACUAUGGACGAAGACUAUAAACAGAUUGCUGUAUUGUACUAUUGGGGAUAAGAUAUUUUAUGUGUUAAAUUUUACUUAUUAUUUUGUACUCUGUAUGUUAUUCUUGCUGGAAGUUUUAUGUCAGUAUUGUUAACUGUAAUAAUCGCGGUAUUAUCACAAUAUAUGUAUCAGGAUUUAUUAGUUAACAAAAUAAUAACAAAAACAUUUAGAAAAUGAUUUGGAAAAAAUUUGAAGGUAUGAUACACUCCACUAUCUCUGCUUUACAUUUUGUGAUGUUUCGUGUGGUUUGUGUUUGCCUUAUAACAGGCAGCUAUUGUAUAUUAUUGGUUGUUUGCUGGUAAACUUUAAAUAUUGUGUUAAUGUUGUGAUUAAAUGUUUGCUCAUAUUGUAGCAAAUGUUUUAUAUCAACCACAAUAUCUCAAUGUAUCACAGUGGUUCCCAAAAGUGGUUGACAAGUUCUAACAAGGUAUAAUUAGUUAUGCUAUCAUUACAACUGUCAAGAGUAAGAUCAAGGUUCCCCCUGGGAGUCAUGUACCACAUUUUGGGAACACAUAAAUAAUGUAUUGGUUGUAGACAAACUGACACUCAAAAAUGGUUGACCAAUGAAGAAGAAGAACCCCCCCCCCCCCAACACACACACACACACACACACACAAAGAAAACAUUUUUUCAAAUCAAAUUUAGUGCACUGAGAAGAAACUGACUUCAACAGAGUAAUUGUGCCUUUAGCUCACUGUUGGGGAUGACAAAAACAAUAGAGACAACAUUAAGGUCUGGGAGUGGCAUGGUCUGGUCUCUGCCUCAUUGUAAUUCCUGACCUUCAGUGGAGUCCUCAGCGGACAGGCACGGGGGACUAGAGGGAGCGAUGAGUAGAGUGCCCUAUGUCAGAUGAAGCAUGUUUGUGUUAGGACUAGACCUUUGUUGUCACUCUGUGUGAGCAGAGGACAGUCUGUGCGUAUUAAACACCAGUCCAUCUUCAUGUGCCUAGCCAGACUAUGGCUGUCCACAUCUCUGUAAGUGGAGAUGCAUACCAAAAGACACCCUCUUGUCUUUAUAGUGGAUUACUUCUGUCCAGAGAAAUGGCUCCAAGCAGUUCACUGUAAAUGGAAUGGGGUAAGAAUCACAGACAUGGCCUUGUCUGGAAGUUGGUCAGACCGUAACAAAGAAAGUUUCUAUCCCAAUCCAAAAUAUAUACUAUAUAAGACUAUUACAUACCUGAAUGUCUCUACGGUACAGCAUUGUAUGGAGUCACAGACUUCUCGUGAGAGUGCUACAUAACAAUCCUUGAAUUGCAUUGGUGUCUAAAUGAAUUGGGAAACAAAAAAGUGAGUUGGAAAGAAUAGACAAUGAGGAGAUAUUGAUAUUGUCAGCAUAGCUUGAAGAGAUUAAAAGAGGAGGACUUAGAGACGGACAGAUGGGUGGGGUGAUCAGGGGGUAUAGAAGAGCUCAUGGCUAAACUGAUGAACACGUCUGGCCCCACCAUGCCGGCUCCCUCAGGUUCAAGGCCCUGAGGAUCUGCAGCUCAUGUAAAUAAAUCCACAUUUCCUCAUUCAGUCGUCUGGCCUCUUCUCAGUGGCGCAUGACCACCCUCACAGAGAAAGGCAGGAGAAAGGUGGGUGCCUUGGGUUGCGGAAACAGAGUGGAAAAACUAAAAGUUGGCUAGAGUCUUCCGCAACCCUGUCCUCCCAGAGGAGUGUAGUGGCCUGAGUGGAGGUGCAGUGAUUAGUGUCGGUGUGUGUGGCAGGUGGUGUGGAACCGUGGGGGAUUGCGAGAAGCUACUCUGCAUCAAGUCUGCCUGUGGAGGACUCUAGUUUCACUCCACUACAAAGACCAUUAGCGGCUGCCUGCUAGGCUACCACUGCUGAUUUCCCUCAUACCCUCAUCGAGCUCAUCAUCCUUCAUUAAUAAACAUUAUGGUGGUAUUGAUUUUAUGUUCGUACCCGUGUCCUUCCUUGCUCUCUCUCAUCUUGAAAUUGAUGAAAAAGGGACUUGAUCUGAGUACUGUGUGUUUCUCUUUAGAUGUUCUGCUAUGUUUGUCCUAUGGGUGUAUGCGGUUUUGGUUGACUUGAAUAAUGUACAUUCUGUAUUUAAAUAAAACAGCAACUAAU